GUGUCCCCUCCGUGUCCCCUCCGGGUCCCCCCCCGUGUCCCCCGGGCCUUUCGGGGCGUCGAUGCCAUGGCCUCCUACUACGCCGUCCUGGACGUGCCCCCCACGGCCUCCCCGGAAGAAAUCAAGAAGGCGUACCGGCGGAAGGCCCUGAAGUGGCAUCCGGACAAGAACGUGGAAAACAAAGAAUUCGCCGAACAGAAAUUCAAGGAAGUGGCGGAGGCCUACGAAGUCCUGUCCGACAAGCACAAGCGGGACAUCUACGACCGCUAUGGCCGGGAAGGCCUGACGGGAGUGGCAGGGAGAGGGUCCCCGCACCCGGCCGAGCCCGGGGGUCCCGCCUUCACCUUCCGCAGCCCGGACGAGGUCUUCAGAGAGUUCUUCGGGGGCCGAGACCCCUUCGCCGACCUGUUCGAUGACCUGGGCCCGUUCUCAGAGCUGCAGAGCCAGGGGAUUCGGACGCCCGGCUCCUUCUUCUCCUUCUCCUCCUACUUCCCCGCCCACUCAGCCCCGCCAGACUUUUCCUCCUCGUCCUUCUCCUUCAGCCCCGGGGCCAGCGCCUUCCGCUCCGUCUCCACCUCCACCGCCUUCGUCCGAGGCCGCCGCGUCGUCACCCGCAGGAUCGUGGAGAACGGACAGGAGCGAGUGGAGGUGGAAGAAGACGGGCAGCUGAAGUCGAUCCGGAUUAACGGCAUCCCGGACGACCUGGCCCUGGGCCUGGAGCUGAGCCGGCGGGAGCAGCGGGCGUCCGCCCCCCCGGCCCCCGGCCCGCGCCGCCCCCCGCCCCGCCCGGGCGCCGGGCCCUCGGACGGCGACCGGUCCGAGGAGGACGACGACGACGACGACGAGGACCUGCAGCUGGCCAUGGCCUACAGCCUGUCCGAGAUGGAGGCCGCCGGCGGGAAGCAGCCUGCAGGUGUGUUCUGAACUGGACGCCCGGGACCCAGAGGCGCACCUCCGAGACGCCGCGCCCCCCCCCCCCCUUCCCCGGCCCUCACACCCCGAACCCUUUC